GGCCUAAAUUACUCAAAUGAGACGUGAGUACGAGAAAAACUUCAGAUUUUCUACUGGAUAAAAGUGUUGCCAAAGAUGUGUGCUACGUUUUAAGAGUCCUUUCGUUUUGUAAGUGGCCAUGAACACCGUACAAAGCACAGGCGGAGGUCACGGACCGCUUAAGAAGGAUCAUAAACAUGAGGAACUAGCGGCAUCAACACCUACACAGAGAAACUGGCGCGGGAUCCUCAUUGCGUUGCUGGUGAUUGCAGCGGUAUUAGGACUCAUUGUAUUCAGCAUAGCAUUGCUAACACCUGCUGGCGAUGACGGGAGAGGACGUGGAAAGAGACCAACCCUAGAGGAUGUGCUUACGGAUCAUUAUAAGCCUUUUAAUGGAACCUGGUUAACAGAUGAGGAUCUGGUGUUCAGAGACAGAUGGGGUGGGCUGACGCUGUUUAACAUUAAGAACUUCACUACUCGACUGCUCAUGAAUAACUCAACCUUCAGAGAGCUGAAUGCGGUGGACUUUAAGGUGUCAGCAGACUUAAAGUUUGUUCUUCUAAUAUCAGACGUCCGUCCUGGCUGGAGGCACGCGCGCCUUGCCCGGUAUCACGUCUACGAUGUGAUUACUAGGAAUAAAAUCCCCAUAUCACCAGUAGAAGAUGAUAGAUCAGCACCGCUGUUGCAGUACGCUGAAUGGGCGCCCACCGGCGCCAGCUUAGUUUUCGUCUACGAUAAUGACAUUUACUACAAACCAAAGGUUUUAAAGACUCUUGUCUGCAGAAUCACGAGUAAUGGAGUCCCGGGAGUAAUAUUCAACGGUGUGCCAGACUUUCUGUAUGAGACGGAAGUUCUAAGACUAGAUCGAGCGCUUUGGUUCAGUCCAGAUGGACAGACGCUUAUGUACAUGACUUACAACGACACACAGGUCCAACAACAUAAGUAUCCAUGGUAUGGGCUUGACCAGCAGGAACCGCCGGCAUAUCCAACAAUACGGACAUUGCGAUACCCUAAGGUAAACACAAAUAAUCCAGUUGCAACAUUGUAUGUCGUCAGUAUCAAGACUCCAAAAUUCCUCUUCCCCCACGCAAUACAGUUCAAUUCACCAAUAGACAGCAGUUGGUAUGUUCGAUGGAGUACCUGGAUAUCGGAGCGACAAAUAGCAGUUCUCUUCCUUAACCGUCCUCAGAAUGUAUCUAUUAUAAGCAUCUGCAACGCUGUACAGUACAACUGCCAAGACAUUUAUCGCGAUGAAUCCGAUGGGUCGCGCUGGUCUGGUUUAGGUUCCGAUCCUGUAGAAGAAGAUUGUGGUUGGUGCGGUGGAGGUGCUUUAGUCGGUGGCAGAAGUGGUGUCUUCACUACGGCACCCAUUACAGACCAGGGCGGGAUAUGGAGACAUGCCGUCCAUUUGACUCAGGAUACUAGAACCACAAUCACGCAGGGUAACUUUGAGAUCACCCAAUUAGUCGGAUGGGACGAAAGGAGAAGACUUUUGUAUUUAAUUGGAACUGCACCAGAAAAAGCGGGAGAAAGGCAUGUUUACCGAGUGUUGGUGCCAGUAGAUGGAUGGCCCCCACCACCAUCUUGUCUUACGUGUCCUGGAUCCAUCCCGGAUACCACUGUAGAGUCUAGUACUGACGAACCGGAAUAUGACAACUCAUCUUCUUCCCUUCCUGCUUGGCCAACGUCGACAGUACUGCCUCACGUUGCAGACGAAAAUGAUUCGCUUCCCACUACCUGUCUGUACAACAGGGUCAUAUUUAGCAAAAAUUUCUCCUAUUUUGUACAGGAGUGCUUGGGUCCUGGUCCACCGGCCACAUUCCUAUGCACGGCAGCCGGUGUACGGCGUGCAGUGCUAUGGGACGGGCAGCCGCUACGACAAACUUUCGCGGCACUCGCUUCACCGCAGUCAAAAGUGUUCAGAGUUGAGGUUCAGGCCCACCGAGAAGCGCGCGUUCGGCUUUUACUACCGCCAGGCCUACGAGAGACUGACGACUUACCACUGCCAUUAGUAUUACAUGUUUCAGCAGAGCCAGGCGGACAAUUGGUAACUGAGCGAUGGCGACCUGACUGGGGCUGGUAUUUGGCAACUGCAAGAAAUUUUAUCGUAGCUGAAAUCGAUGCGAGAGGAUCCGGUGGACAGGGUGAAGAAUUAAGAACUGAAAUUUAUCAAAGAUUACUUUCAACCGAUGUUGAGGACCAGAUCGCAGUUCUGUCCUAUCUUCGGGACAAUCUCAAAAUGGUCGAUGGAUCACGGGUAGGAGCUUGGGGCCACGGGUACGGCGCAGGUGCGGCGCUGGCCUUGGCCGCUGGUGACGCACGUAACCUCACUCGCUGCCUUGCUCUAUUAGCACCGCUUGCUGACUUACGCCAUCACAAUUCGUUCUGGACAGAGCGGUACGUCGGCGCAGGUAGUAGUACGGGCGCUGGGCUGGCCGUGUGGCGCCGGGCAGGAAACUUGCCACCUCGACGGCUUUUGCUCGCACAUUCCACAGCCGAUCUACGUGCUCCUCCACCUCACGCACUCGCGCUUGCUCGAGCACUUAUACGUGCUCAAGCUUUGUAUACGCACCAGGUAUAUCCAGACGAAGGCCACAAAUUUGAACGCUCCAACCUUCACGUUCACAAAACUAUGGAGCAAUUCUUCGAUGAAUGCUUCGGACCUGUCGAACUCGCUGACUGGGACGCGGGGGGAGUCGGAGGGUUGUUUCCCUUCAGAGAUUAGGUGGAAGGGAAAUUCCUCUUCGAGAUUAGUGCCAGAGCUAUGGGAAAACUUCCGGGGAGUGCAUGAUGACUGUCAUCUAUUUUGAAAAAGAAGAAUAAAAGUAAACUUUACCUUUAGGUCAAAGUAGUAAACUCAAGGUAUGGAUUAUCACAGACAUCAUAAGCAGAGUUGAUGUGGCGAUCGCACUACUAACUUGGUUUGACUGUCUGACACGAUUCCAUUAUUGGCUAAGAUACGCAUUUUGAGAGACAGUUCCAUAAAUUGAGCCAAUAAUACAAUUGAUAUAAUUGCAAUGUGAUAGUUACAAGAUACACAUUCAAAGUCAUUUUUUUCCCUCGUUAUUUGAAUACCAGAUCUUCAGGCAUCUACUUAUUUAAAAAAAUGGCGACUUUAAACGCCCAAAUUAAAGUUGGUCCAAAAUUUUUGCCAUUAUAGUACUUAACUCAAAGGAAGAAGGCAAAAUGACAACCGGUCCAACAACUACCUUUGCAUUUAAUGUCAUCCUUAGGAUUAUUUUUCGCUCUCCUGUAGUUUGCAUGUUAGGAUGUUGUGGUCCCAUUAAUUUUUUACGCUUUUUUCGUGACUUUUGAUGAUAAAAUAACAAUUCGACGGUGAAGAUUUCAUCAGUAUACCCAGUUUCAUAUUCUUACAUAGACGUUAAUAUAUAAAAAAGGUGUACAGACCUAGAAGAAAUAUCAACAAAUGUCAUAAAUCAAAGGAACAAUAAUUAAAGUUUAUUAACAUCGAUACGCAAACUGCCAAAAUUUC